AUGGACGAUCUUACCGCCAUCCACAUGCUCCACAUCUCCCUUCGGGUCGGUUAUUUGUAUCAGGAUUUCAUCCUCCACCCGCCGACCACCUAUGAGGAAGUUCUCCGUCGAGUGAUGGAUUAUGCCAAUGCCGGUGAGGCAAACGCCGUCAAGAGAUCGCAAAAGGUCGGAACUUCAUCCCGGAAGCCCUCCGGUCGGGCGGAACAUCGAUCGAGUGAUGACCAUCCCCGACCCCGUACCCGACUAGAGGAAUUUACGGCAUUGAACCGGUCCGCAGCGGAGGCCAUGCAGUACGCCCAAUCCUGCAAUCUGAUUCACCUUCCCCACCCCGGACAGGACGGGCCAGAUAAGUCCAAACAUUGCGCUUAUCACCGUUGCGCCGGGCAUGACACCGAGGAAUGCACACAUUUGAGGCAACUGUUGAAAGAUCUGCUUAACUUGGGGAAGCUUGACAAAUGUGUGGGCAAAAGAGAGGAGAGCAAGAAAGUUGCCGAUCGGAGGGAUCACAGACGUUCCCAUCAACGUUCAGAUCGGUCGGGUCAAGACCGUAAAGACCCCUACCCUCCAUCCAGCAGUCGACCGGCGUUCAAACCGACCAUUCAUGUGAUCUUUGGCGGUUUGGAAGACGCAUCCCGACCCCGGGAGAGCUGCCCGGUCGCGACCGUAGACUCCUGUGAAACCGGGAAAAGGCAGAAGAUGGAGCCUAUCACCUUCUCUUUGGAGGAUCAACCAGACAGUGGAGACCACGGGAUGGAAGCCCUCGUGGUCACAAUUGAUAUAAUGGGGACCGAUGUCCACAGAGUUAUGGUGAACACGGGGAGCAGUGUGAACGUCCUUUAUUUGGACGUAUUUGAGAAGCUAAAGUUGGACAAACAAGAGCUGAUUCCGGUCGGCAUACCCUUGUCAGGAUUCACCGAGGCCCUCAUACGCCCCGAAGGGAAAAUUAGGCUCCCGGUCGAAAUCGGUACUCCGCCCAAAUCUGUGAAGACCGAGUUAGAAUUCGUUGUGGUCAAUUUGCAUUGCGUCCACAAUGUUAUCUUGGGCCGACCGGCCAUCAUGAAGGUCGGCGGGAUCAUUUCCUGCCCCAUCUAUGCAUGA